GUUGUAUCAUCUUGCUUACGCGAGUACCUAACAAAUCUGCCUUGCUUUAAAUUUUAUUAUUUACAUUUUUAAUAGAGGAUUAGGCUAUUAUGAAUUUAAUUCGUAAUCAAAUUCAGCAAGCUGGUCGCACCCAUAGUGCAUCUGUGAUAUUCUUGCACGGUUCUGGUGACAAUGGAGCAAACCUUAUUGAGUGGAUCCGUCUACUACUAGGACGUAAUCUAGAGUUUGAUCACAUAAAAAUUAUAUAUCCAACAGCACCUCUACAGCCGUAUACUCCGAAUGGACGUCAGCUAUCAAAUGUGUGGUUCGAUCGUGACUCUAUAUCAAUAAGUGCACCAGAAAACCGAAGUAGUAUGGAAGGAAUUUACGGUGCUAUUCAUCAGAUAAUACAAAAUGAAGUUGCAAGUGGGAUUCCUUUGAAACGCAUCAUUGUUGGUGGAUUUUCCAUGGGUGGAGCGUUAGCCUUACAUACGGGUUUUCAUUUAAACACAGGUCUAGCUGGAAUAUUUGCCUGUUCGUCGUUUUUGAACCACGACUCUGUUGUAUACGAUUCUCUUUUGAAACAUGCAACAAAAACAACUGAUUUGCCACAUUUACUAAUGUUUCAUGGUGAUCGAGAUCCUUUAGUUCCGAUAGAAUGGGGUCAGGCAAGUUUCAAUAAAUUGACUAAAUUAGGAGUGAAGGGAACAUUUACUACCUUGGCCAACACAUAUCACGAAUUGAAACGAAGCGAAUUACUUCAGCUACAUAAAUGGAUAUUAACAAACUUGCCACCAGACGAAAACAUUACCAAUGACUCUUAAGCUACAUAACCUACCAAAAGAUAAAAUAAAGUCACUUUGUAAUAAAAACUUGAAACUUCACUAACCUACCUUCAGCCUUACCUAAAGAUUCUCUCUUUUGAGGCAUGUCUAUCACCGAUAGUGCGAACUAGAGUUUUUGUACCCUGCAUCAUACUACGCAGAAUAUCCUCGAAAUACUAACCUCAGACCCUACAAAAUAUAUGUAAAAGCUUGCUAACAUAA